AUGUCGACGACACUCAGCAAGCGGAAGCGUGCAAGGAAGGCUUGCAUUCCUUGCCACCAGCGCAAGCGAAAAUGCGACGCGGAAAAUCCCUGUGACACGUGCACCACCUACGGAUAUAACUGUAGGUACGCCGACAAGGACUCGACUAGCACUGUGGACAGAAACAUGCAUGCUUCAUGCCCAGCCAAGCGCGUUCUUGACGAAAGUUCUGUGGCGAGCGGGAGUACCGUCACAUCGCGCAGCUCGGACAGCCAACCUCACGCAACCAAGGAUUACCUUGGAGGUGAAAACCCGUCUUCAAAGAGGCCUAGCGGCGGAGCUGGUAUUUUCGAUGAGAAGAAGUCCAGAUACACCGGAGCAUCAGCGGCCAUGGCCUUUCCGCACAUCCUGGGUGUGGCUCUCGGCUCCGACAGCCCUCCCGAAAUAAAAUCGGUCGCUUACAACUUUGGGAUUCGCCCCGAGGAAUCAGAGGCUUCCGAUAUUCAUGGCUCCUUGGGGGAACUUAUCUCUGAAAAUGAGCUCACCUUCUACUCGAAUGUGUACUUCUCCAUAAUGGGUCCUGUAAUUGACCUUAUGGACCCGAGAAUCUACGCCCAGCGAUGUCGGGAUUAUUACCAAGGCUCAGGUAGCACUACGGUCGCCUUUAGCGCCAUAGCCGCUGGCGUCGCUGCUUUCGGAUCAUUCCUGUCCCAACCCAGAUAUCAGCGGGAGUCUGACCUGGUGCACUACGCUAAAGCUAUUCUUGACCCAACAACCAUACCUACGCUGGGUAUUGACCACAUCAUUGCUUGGGGAAUGCGAGUAAUUUAUCUACGGGCCACAGCUCGCCCUAGUAAUGCCUGGAUCGCCUCAUGCACUGUCAUGCAUCUUUGUGAAGUUAUAGGAUUGCACGAGGAAGAUAACAUCAAAAAGAUGGCGUCUGCCGCCGGUGCCGCUGUUCUGGGACAUGAUGCGGACCGACUAAGGCGAAUUUUCUGGAUCGCGUGGGCCGGGCAUAAUAUGCUAUCCUAUGAGUACGAUCGUUCGGCUGUAAGAUACGACGCCGUGACAUGCCAGACUCCCAUUCCGGUACAAGGAUCAUUUGCAGACCAGUUCGUGCAAAUAGUACAAAUAAUCCCGUUAUCCAAUUCGCCGUUCCAGCUUGAGCUUGAAAGUCAGCCUCAAACUCCGAGGGAUGACUUAUUUGAGCGUCUGAAGGUAUUGAGUAAACUCCACUUCACUCAUCCGUUUCUGGUGGUGACGAAGGCGGAUCUGGCGUUUUGUUUUUAUCGCCGCAUUUAUCAGCUUGAGCCAGGAAAUAGUGUAACGGAUGAUAUGAUUAAAAUCAUCAUUAAUAGCGGUAAUGAUGCAGUGCAGGCAGCUGAGCAAUUAGCCAAUCAGGGACGUCUAUUUUGGAACGUCAUAGGCAGCGUCUUUCAGUAUGCCUGUGUCUUAUUGGCUAUCGACUCACCUGCCUCCUCCGCUCACAUUUCUGGUGCCUUUAAGGGGUUGGAAACUCUUGUCAAGGCUGCAGACACACGACUGACCCGCCAGGCAUUGUCAAUCGCGCGGCAUCUUCUUAACAUCAAAAUAACAAAGAAGCGAAAGGAGCUUAUGCAGCUGGAAGCUGUCGAAGCUGGCUACGAACCGGAAGCCGAGGCCAACACCGCUUUCCCGGACAUUAGUUGGGGUGUUGACUGGGACCAAUUUCUCAUCGAGCCAUAUCUAUCGAUUCUCGGACCCGAAGUCCAGCUGGAGUAG